UACAACAACAGGCCAGCGUCGGAGGCAGUACCAUACUUUGAGCAGUUAGGACCUCUUGUCAGUCAAAUAUUUCCAAUUAUGGAAGCGUCUCCAGUAUAUUCAUUCACUCGAAAUGCCUCAGCAGAUGCAUGGAAGGUACUACUUGAUACUUUUGGAACCAUGAUUCCAGAUUACGAUCCAGAAGUGGCAGUGUCAGUCAACAAGUUUGUUGAUCAGUUGCCGGCUGUUUUUAAUCAGCUUGCUGAAGGAAUUUCGGAGUUCAGGCCAACACCCUCUGAGAAUCUUGACUGUUUCCAGAAGUCAUACAAUGUUCAGCAUACAUUACUGGUCAAGUUCAAUGUUGAUGCAAUUGAUCAGACUGAUCUCCUUGAAGAGACACUGAAGCCUCGAGUGGAAUCUAUUGGUGGAAAACUACAGAAAAUAAUAUUGAAUGGAACUCAUAUUACACCUUGCAUACAGGAACCUAGAUGGCAAGUGGGAGAUAUAUACUCGCCUGUAGAUGCUGUUGCUCAAGGCCUCAAGACAAUUUCUUUGAAUGACACUAGAGUCCUCACAAGAACAAUUACAGACUGGCUGGUUUAGUCAACUUGAAGGAUAGAGACACAUGAAUCAGAUCCAUGAUGCGGCAAUAUCUGAAUCGUGUGAAUCCUUCCUGGUAUUGGGUUGACCUUCUUCCCUUUGAGUUGUUUGCAUAGAAUUUUUCUCGGAAAGUGUUGCAUGGAAAAGCAUCCUACGUUUGCAUAGAACUUUCUAGGAAUUUGCAGGGAAAACCAUCCUAUGAUGCAUAGGAUGCAAGGAAUUUGGUUAGAUAUGAUAUAAAUACAUAAUUUUGAUAGUUGUAGGCAUCGUUACAAGUUACAUGACUUGUAAAAUAUAAAUCUCAUACACUCUCUCUAGAGUUCUGCACACACUCACACAGAUGCUUCUUCAAAUGGCACGUCAACAUUUAGCUUACUUUUGGUAAUUGAUACCAACAAUCAUUUGCUUUCUAUUUGGU